AUGUCUCAUACCAUUGACUUGGGCACUAGCAGUUUCGGUGUCCUCGAGUCAAAGCAAUGCCUUGUCUCGAAAGCCUUAGCGACUUUCUUGCUCCCCAAAGAGCCUGCAGUCCUACCAACGGACCUCAAGCAGAUUAUCAAUUCCAGGUCUAUCUGGAUUGUCAAGGGACAAGAUCUCACCUUGGAUAUCAGUAUCCAAGGACCCUGUGAUGGCCUAGAUUCUAUGUUCACCCUAUUGAAUCGCUCUGCCAAUCUGUUGAGGGAAGCCAAACUUUGGUCUGAUCUUGGUCUCGUAGCGUCCACGAAGUCCUACGAAUGCAAAUCCGGUCCCGAUCAUACAAUGAGACUUCACCUCUCCCUGACUCUCCAGGAAGAUUUCAAACGCAUGACCAAACGGAUACAUGGGAAAGUGCCUCGUUCAAUUCGAAGAUGCGUCUUUGUCGACCCGCAGCCUCCUUCCGGUAUUGUGACAGUGACAUUGUCAAAAAUAGAACUUUUCCUCAAAUACAUGUAUUCUUCUACAUCAACAUGCGUCACGCACAUGGACCGGUUUUGGACGAACGAGUGUUUGGAGGACUCCAUGAUGGCAGUAGAUGACGGUGUUGAAACACUUGAGAGCGACAAGGAGGGUCCUCUGCCCUGGUUAGGUUUUCCUGCUUCAAUGCCAUCUAUACAUCCCAGUUAUGGUAUAUUCACGCCUGGACUGCAUUCUUGGGGUACAGAACCCGAAUUCCCGCAUCCUCCUCUGUGCGACUCCAUUGUGAAAGCUGACACAGUCCCCGGCGGAAAUGACUGUCAACUUCACAGUCUUCUGGACUGUGCCAUUCGAAAUUUGGUCUCGUCAAAUCCGUCGAAAGUUGCGCAUGGAAUUGAGCAAAAUCCCAGCACUGCAGCGAAGCUCUCUGACAUUGCUCCUUCUGUAUUCAGUCCAGGUUAUGAUGAUAGCAUUCGCCAGAGAGCAGGGUUUAUACCAGUAGUUGCUAAGUCAAUAGCGUCGAUCGUGAACAAGUCCGCUUCUGAAGACAUACGGCAGAAAGUCACCUCUCUCAAAAAUUUCUUUGGAGAAAAUUAUGAAGGCACUCCCAUGCACCGUCCACCAUCGGAAGUUCCAGACCUGCGGUCUAUGGUAAAGUGCCUAUUGUGGACAAGCCUUCAGAGAGGAGUGUACGAUCCUAAAGCGGCUAGGAAGCUGAGUCCCAUAACGUUGGAUGACUCGAAAUCGGAGGAUGAUUCUUCGAUGCUGGAAGACCAAUUGUCCAUUCCAGGGUCCGAUAAUGCAUUGUCGACAAGUCUGGACAUAGAAUCCGACUAUGCUGACACAAACGCUGACGACGAUGAUGACUACGAACGAACUCUCUUCGAAGAAGAGCUUUGCUUUCCUUUUCCGGAUAGCGGUAGCGACAGUGACGAUUUGAUUGAUGCCGUCUGUCGAUUCAGUGUUUCUGGAAACGAUGAAGAAGAGAGUGCGGAACUAUCACGGGCAAAAGAAUUCAAGCAUGAAAAUGGAGAGCCUUCUAGUUCUCCGAUGAUGAGUUCUGUUGAAGAAUUGGGAACAAUGUCUCCUCCAACGAUACUCGGAUCAGCACUAAAACAGCCACGACGAUCGUUCUCUGAUAGGACAACAAGUGACUGGUCUGAGGAGCCAUAUGACGACAAAGCUGGUCAGAACGAGAGGCUGAACGAGGAGGAGAUGUUGUCACCUCGUAUGGAAUCCGAACCUGAGAUUGAGAUUGAAAUUGAUACUGGGUCAGACUUUGGGUCCCUUGGCUCGUUUGAAGAGGAUUAUCUACUUGAAGAAGAAUAUUUACUUGGGAACGAUAAGAGGUUCGAUGACGACGAGGAUGAGGAGAUGCUAUACUAA